AUGUUUGCAUGUUAGAAAGGAUUUAACGUUGCACUUGUGUCCGUAAUUAAACGCAUGUUAUUGUAUUUUAGCCAGCGAUCAAUUGACACCUGAGUCGACUGGCUGCCGGUGAGUGCCAGUUUUUUUAUUAUUUAUUUGCAGAUGACAAAUGGCGCUCCAACCUGCCUCAGGUGGCGUGUCUACCCACAGUUUACAUGUUCUAUAUGUAAUUAUUUAUCCAAAAGCUCACUGUGGCUCAUGUGUGCGGACGAUUGUGGUCUAAUUAGCCCCUCCCUCCCGGAUUCAAACACUCACACAGUGCAUCAGGAAGCCACAAUACCCAGCCUCCUCCUCCUCGUCCUCUUCCUCCUCCUCCUCCAUGCCCCCUGAAUUACAAUGACCAGUUUGAUGGAUUAAGUCGACUCGAUGCAAAGACGAGGUUUCGGGGGCUGGAAUCGGUGCUCAUUGUACCCACCUGAACCAUUUCUAUUUUCUAUCUUGGUGGUACUUGCGCUGCUCAUUACAAAUGUUGCUUUAAAUAAAUUGAUUGAGGCUUCUUUUUACUCGUCGCUCUGGACGCGGGCCAAGAAGCAGGCUGUCUAGCACAUUAGGCACCACCCCCCUUUGCAGGUUUGAAAUGUGAGCCGCCUGCAUUUUUUUCCCUCUCCUUUCCUCUCUCCCCUCCCCUCCCAUGCCCUCCCUCUCUCCCUUCUGGCGAAGUGGCUGUGGCUGCUUCUGUGUGAUGUGUGUAUUGGGAGAGCAAGCAAUGGAUCACUAGACAGAAAAAGAAGAUACAUCAAUAACUGCUGCAUACAUCCGAGAAACCAACUGCUGCAGGAGGUGUCAGUCUGACUCAGCUCUCCUGUCGUCGUGGUGUGAGGAGCUGGGACGCCUCCUCCUCCUCCGGCACCAGAAGAACAGGCAGAACGAACCUCCGGGAAAAGUGCCCAUGCAGCCCCCCAUGAGCUCCAUGAAGCCCGGCCUCUCGCACGGCAGAGAUGGAUCUUUUCCCUACGACUCGGUCCCCUGGCCACAGAACACCAAUCAGCCUCCAGGUUCGUUGUCGGUGGUCACUACCGUGUGGGGUGUGACCAACACGUCGCAGAGCCAGGUGUUGGGGAAUCCCAUGGUGAACAACAACAAUCCCAUGAACCCCGGGGGCAACCCAAUGGGCUCCGGUAUGUCUGGUAGCAAUCCAGGCAUGAACUCUUCUCAGUUCCCUGGUCCUCAGCAGCAGUUCCACAGCAAGGGCAACUCCAACCAGGCCUACAUGCAGCAGGGCAUGUAUGGACGACCCAACUAUCCCGGAGGGGGAGGCUUUGGUGGCAAUUACCCGGGAGGGCCAAACUCUGGACCUGGAGGAAUGGGCAUGCCCCAACACUCCCGUCCUCCGUCGGACUUCACCCAGCCUGCCGCUGCCGCCGCCGCCGCUGCCGUUGCUGCUGCGGCCGCCACGGCAACAGCCACUGCCACGGCGACGGUAGCCGCCAUGCAGGAGACCCAGAACAAAGACAUGAACCAAUACGGACCGAUGAGUUCUUCUUUCCAGAUGGGACCCAGCCAGGCCUACAACAGCCAGUUCAUGAACCAGCCAGGCCCGCGAGGCCCUCAAUCCAUCCCUGGGAACAUGGGCACUGGCAUGAAUGCGUCCAGCAUGAGCGGACCCCCCAUGGGGAUGAACCAGCCCAGGGGCCAAGGCAUGGGGCCUUUUGGAGCCCACGCACAAAGGAUGCCCCAGCAGGGCUAUGCAGGACCCCGGCCUCAGGGCAUGGGCAUGCAGGGCAUGAAAAGGCCGUACCCAGGCGAGCCAAACUACAGUGGGCAGCAGUAUGGUCCAAACAGCCAGUUCCCGAACCAGCAGGGGCCGUACCCCACACCCAACCCCACCAGGCCGCUGCCGUCCCCAAACUACCCUGGCCAAAGGAUGCCGGGACAGCAGCUGCAGGGCCAAUACCCGCCACCCAGUGGUGCCAUGGGCCAGUACUAUAAGCAAGAGCCACCUUUUAAUGGACAAACAAAUAACUUCUCUGGGAGUGGAUAUCAAUACAGCCAGGGUAAUAUGAAUGGGCCACCCAGACCUGUGGGUAACUACCCUCACUCCCCAGUGCCAGGCAACCCCACCCCUCCUAUGACUCCAGGAAGUAACAUCCCUCCAUAUCUGUCGCCAAACCAGGACGUGAAGCCACCCUUCCCUCCUGACAUCAAACCAAAUAUCACCGCUCUUCCUCCCCCUUCAGCCAACCACAACGAGGAGCUGCGCUUAACGUUCCCAGUGCGAGACGGGGUGGUCCUAGAGCCCUUCCGGCUAGAGCACAACCUGGCUGUCAGCAACCACGUCUUCCACCUACGGCCCUCCGUACAUCAGACGCUCAUGUGGAGAUCGGACCUGGAGCUGCAGUUCAAGUGCUACCACCACGAAGACCGUCAGAUGAACACCAACUGGCCGGCAUCUGUCCAAGUCAGCGUGAACGCCACUCCGCUCACCAUCGAGCGCGGCGACAACAAGACCUCCCACAAACCCCUGCACUUGAAACAAGUGUGCCAGCCAGGAAGGAACACCAUCCAGAUCACAGUCACCGCCUGCUGCUGUUCGCACUUGUUUGUGCUGCAGCUCGUCCACAGGCCCUCGGUCCGCUCCGUCCUGCAGGGCUUACUGAAGAAGAGGCUUCUGCCUGCAGAGCACUGCAUCACCAAAGUCAAGAGGAACUUCAGCAGCGUCGCGGCGUCAUCGGGGAACGCGGCGCUCAACGGAGAGGACGGCGUGGAGCAGACGGCCAUCAAGGUUUCCCUCAAAUGUCCAAUCACCUUCCGGCGAAUACAACUUCCAGCGAGAGGCCACGACUGCAAACACGUUCAGUGUUUUGAUUUGGAAUCAUAUUUACAACUUAACUGCGAGCGGGGGACAUGGCGAUGUCCUGUAUGCAAUAAAACAGCAUUGUUAGAGGGACUUGAAGUGGACCAGUACAUGUGGGGGAUCUUGAACGCCAUUCAAAACUCGGAGUUUGAAGAAGUGACCAUCGACCCGACAUGUAGUUGGCGGCCGGUGGCCAUUAAAUCCGAUAUCCACAUCAAGGAGGAUCCAGAUGGACCGCUGGCCAAGAGGUUUAAGACUAUGAGCCCCAGCCAGAUGAUCAUGCCCAAUGUGAUGGAGAUGAUAGCUCAACUCGGCCCCGGACCGUCACCGUACCCGUUGUUGUCUUCUCAGCAAGGGGGCAACAGUGAAUACGGCAGCCAAGGCAACAGUUACCAGGGCCACGGGAACUUUGACUUCCCUCACGGCACGCCCGGUGGUACGUCGAUGAAUGACUUCAUGCACGGUCCCCAGCUGUCUCACCCGCCCGACAUGCCCAACAGCCUGAUGACCCAAGACAAGCCCCUCUCACACAACAUGCCUGACUCAAUACCUCACUCUGCAGGCAAUGACCAGUCACAUGGUCCUCUGCAGAGCUUACAUCCAUCUCCGCACCCUGGGAGCCAAUCGGGGCAGCAGCUACACCACAGCGGGCCUCAUCAGCCGUCACGGCAAGCUCCGCCUCCUCAGCAGCAGCAGCAGCAGCAGCAGCAGCAACAGCAGCAACAGCAGCAACAGCCGCCUGGCCCCAACAACCACCCCCACGGCGACCUAGCUUUCAACCCAUCCAGCAGCUUGGACAGCCAGGCGGGGUCGGACAUGCCCGAGCCAUCUUUAGACCUCCUUCCAGAGCUGGCUAACCCAGACGAGCUGUUGUCGUACCUGGACCCACCGGACCUCCCCAGCAAUAGCAACGACGACCUUCUAUCGCUCUUCGAAAACAACUGAGGCAAUUCAGACAUAUAUAAACUUUUUCUGACUGCCUGCAGUCCCCCCCCCCCCCGCCCUCCCCUGGAAACCCAUGGCGGGUUGCACAGUACUUGAUAAACACAAAGAUGCACUCCCUUUCUCUUCUUCCUCUUGUACAGUUUUCAUUGGCCAGCACGGAUUGACUGAAAGUGGUAAAAACUCCCAGGGCGGGAUGCGGACCGCCCCCCUCACCCAGGCGAUACUUUUGAAUUGUGCAGCUAUACUGGGUUCAUUUUUUUUUACGCCACACACAGGUGUGUAUGUGUGCACAUUAGGAACGUGUUGUAGCAUUUUUUUUUUUAAUCAAUUUUUUGUUUCCUUUUGAGAGAAAAAAAAAAUGUUCAAUGUAUAAAACAGAAAAAUAGCUGUUAAAAACCUGCGCUAUCUGGCCAGCGUGCACCAUGUCCAUAUUGUUAUUCCAGACUGAGAGGCCACAGCUUCCUGGUGUUGCAGCUCCAUUCCCUAAGUGGUGCGGGUAGCUGCACUGUUUUGUCCACCACACGUCAUUUAAAAGCACAAGAGAUUCGGGCAAUGCGAAACGAACGAUCGGUCUUUACGAAUGCAAGAAAAAAGAAAAUACGGUUCGAUUGGCCUGUCCGUCCUUGACGAAAAAUGUUUUUAAAAGUUUUUUUGCUCGACAUUUUGAAAAGGUUUUUUGGGGAAUAAUCGGCUUCCACUUUGUCUACAAUUGUGAUACAUACAUAUUUUUGUCAAAAAGAGGUAUACCUGCUUUACAGUCCUAAGAGUUCAGUGGUGGAAAAACAACAAAAAAACCUUUGUACUGCACAAACAGAAUAGCAAAGCUGUACUUCUACAUAUUGUAUAGUUACCUCCUGUGCAGAGGAGUGAUUUUAAGGGAAAGCUACAAUAUGAGAGAUCUGGGUUCCUGUAUAGAUCCUGCUGCAUUUAUUGCUUCCUGCUGUGACUCCUUCCAUGCCGUCUGCUCUGCGUGAGCCUCGGCGUCGCACGUGUCAGCAAUUUUGCAACGAUGCAUCUCUCCGCCUGUUAAAUGAUGUGCUGUUAAAGUAGUCUACAAAGUGCAUGUGUGCCAAGCCCUCGUCUAGUGCUGUUCCAAGUGGUAACAAAAAAAAAGAUAGUGUGGUUUUUAUCAGUUGCUUUUUUCGUGGCUUUUUUUGUUUUUGUUUUUUACGUUUUGUUUUCAUUUUCCAUCAGAUUUAGUAUUAGUAUUUAACACUAACAUUGAAGGGAUAAUGCCGAUAUCAGCAAUACAUUUACCCAGUGUUUGCUGGAUAUACUGUGUUAUGUUUGUUUGUGAACGCGUUUUUUGUUGCUGCAUAAUUUAACUAUCCAUAAAUCUUUUGGGAAACUGCUCAACAUCACCAAAGUUAGAGGGAUGAGAAUGGAGAGGUUUGUGUCUGCCUCUGUGUGACUGCGUGCAUGAGUGGGUGUGAGAUUGUGCGCGUGUGUUUCUAUCAGUGUGAUGGGAAGAAAUGUUGAUUUCAAAGAUAUAGGGGAGGACAAAUACAGUUUAUCCAUCACUGCUGUUCAAGAAGUGGUUUUUAAAGCAGUAUUGGCCGCAGUCUUUUUUUGCCACUUUUGUUUUCAAUUUCACUUUUUGAGAAGAGCGCUGUUCAGUAUGCAAAUGUAUUAUUUUUAAAAAAAAUGCUAUUGUACUGUAAAUAUCAUUGUGAAUAUUUUUGUAUCAUCUUGAUAAUGUUCGUCCUUGAUCAUUAGUCAUCCGACCUAACAACACACGCUCCCAGGCUCCCAUCUAACCACUGACUUUGUUUGUAACCAGCACACGACAGCCGUCUCGCCUCCUUGUUGUGGGGAGGCGAGUCUAAAUGUCACAUAAGCUAUUUCCUGCAGGUUGCCGUGCUUUCUAGUCACUUUCCUCCCAGUGCACUCUGUCUCACACCUGUCGUUUGUAGACAGGUGUCCCAUCUUUAUGCCCCACCCCCCCCCCCCCAUCCCUACAUCAGCUCACAGUGGUUGUGUAGCCUCAUUUCAGUUUUCAAAUGCCAAUCUUUUCUUUUAUGCCGCCGUAUUUUAUUGAAAGUGUUGUCUGUUCAUCAAUUUAUGUUAACAUUUUAUCUGUGAUUCUGAACGGUAAUAGUUUAAAAAAGAUGUGGUGUCGACUGGCUUUCAGUGUAAUUAGUGAGCUAUGUGAAUAUCAUUAUUGUUGCUAAUUGUCAAUACACAGUGGUAUCACAACAAUAUUUUAAAGAAAUCCAUAAUAUUGUUUAUAUUUUUGUUAUAGAAAAUGUGGCUUUUUUAAAAGCAUGAGACCGUAUACAUUUUUAUCCCCUUUUUGUUUUUGGUAAAUUAUUUUGUACUGGUUUUCUUAUUAAUCUGUAAGGCUAGAAAUCCAAUUUCUUUCAACUGUAGCAUUGUGCUGAUUUAACCACCCUGGUUUUAUGUAAACAUUAUUUUAAGCGUCAUUUAAGAAAUAUUUUUUUUUCCAGUUCAGCACACUGACAUGUUGUUGCAUAUUUAUGUCACAAGGAGACAUUAAAUUAAAAUAUCCACGUUUUCAUAUUUUACUAUCAGAAUUUAAACUUUUAAUCAAUCCGAUGGACGUCAUCACUAUUUCGCAUCACAUUUCGUCUUUACUUUCAAGUGAGUCAAUUUCAUAUAAGGCAGCACCUCAAAUGUGUUGUUGCACAAUCACAAAAAAGGGCCCUUACUCUGGGGGGAAGUUGUUUUCAAAAAAGGAAAAUUAAAGGAAAAAAAGAUACAGUGGCCUGGAAAAGAUGUUGAGGGCAAGGCCAGAUCAAACGUCCCAAGGAUGCUUGUAUAUAUGUAAAUGAAUAUAGAGACAUGUGAACAGAAAUGUAUUCAUUUUCCCUGGGAAUGUGCAUUGUUUUUUCCAAAUAAUAAAAAGCUUGCAACCCCUCUACUGGAAGUGGCUGAAUAUGGAAAAUUAAACUUGUUAGGUAGUGUCUGUGGGUAUCUCUCAGCAUUUUGUUCUCAUGUAACAUACUUUCAGCUCUUUAUAGUAGGAGAACUGGGACCGCUAUGUUUUACAUGUAAUAUUUAGCCUGUGUUCUAGCCUGUCACCUGCACACUCUUGAGGUGCUGAACUAAAAAAGGAAGAGGGAAAAAAAGGUUACAAAGGUUAACAUUGUUCAGAGGGGUGGGUGUAAGGUGGAGGGUUUGACGGAUCCAGAAGAUUGUAACCAAAUCCAUAGUUUGUACAAUUUUUUGAUAUCAUGAGCAGUUUGAAAAAUCCUACAAUCUAAGGUGAUUCAUGCAAUGUGGCCAUUGUCUCUAUUGUGUACAUUGUAUGUACAAUCAUUUCAUAUUCUAAACUGGUCAGAAAAUGAAAGGAACUAAUUGUGAUUUUUAGUCUUGCCGAACUGUAUGUAGUUAGAUGAUGUGACAACCUAAUAUUUAUCUAAUAAAUAUGUAUUCAGAUGAUACCUGUA